AUGGCACCUGGAUUCUACAGCUUUCCAAAGGAAAGUCGCCCUCUGUCUACAUGGCUUCAAGACAUGCAGGACCACCAUCUGAUGAACCACCGCACCACUCCCGGACUACCCGCAAGAGCGGACAUAGUGAUCAUUGGUUCCGGUUUGACGGGAACGACAGUAGCGAAGCAUUGCGUGGAGACAUGGCCUGAGAAGAAGGUUGUUGUUGUCGAAGCCCGCGAGUUCUGCUCUGGCGCCACGGGCAGGAAUGCAGGACAUUGUAAGCCUGAUCAGUGGCGCGGUUUCAAGGAAUACGAGGAUGAUUUUGGAACAGAGCAGGCUUUGAAGAUCCUCGAGAAUGAGCAGCAAACAUGGUCAAGUGUAGUUAAUUAUGUUCGUUCUAAGAACGUUGACUGCGAGCUUUGGGUCGGCGAUACUCUAGAUGUACCAAUCACCUGGGAGUCGGCAGAUGAUGCUAAAGAGAUCUUUGAGCGUUACAAAGCAGCAGGGGGCAAUAUUGAUCAGAUUAAAAUCACAAAUGACCCGGCGAAGGCAAGAGAGUUUGGUUUUGAAUUGCUUACAACAAUGAAGGUAUCGCGAAUCAAAGAUGCAAAAGCAUGCUAUGCUUGGCCUGCAUCGACAGUACAUCCUUGGAAGCUGGCCGCCCAUGUUAUGAGCGAGAAUCUAAAGAAAGGUGUAAAUCUCCAGACUCGCAGCACAGUUACGCAGGUUGUCAAGUCCCAAAAACAACUGGGAAAUUGGACAGUCAAAACUGGGCGCGGCGAUAUCGAGUGCGCCCAGGUUGUCCACGCGACCAACGCUUACAGUCCUGCCCUUGAGCCGUCUUUGCGUGGUCUUAUCAAACCCACGCCUCAUAUGUGUAACUUGAUCGUUCCACCUGUAAGCUUCACGGGAUCCAAGGCCCUUCAAAACUCGUACGGUAUUCUGUUGCCUAGCGGAGGUCUAAUCACAAUCAACCCAAGAAUACCUACCCACGGCCCUGUUCUUUUUGGGGGCUCCAAUCCUGGUCAGGCCGAAUUCUACAGGUGGCUCGAGAAUAACCCUGAGAGGGCCACCGAUGAUGACAUUGUCGGCUUCCCGUCCGUGACAGAGGCUGUGAAAGACUUUACAAACGCUCAGCUAAGAGGGUGGCCUGGAGAUGUUCCGGCGGAUUAUAGGAGGGAAUGGAGCGGAAUCAUUGCAAUGAGUUCUGAUGGUCUACCUUUCGUGGGACAGCUCCCUGGACUUCCAGGCCAAUGGGUCUGUGCCGGCCACAACGGACACGGAAUGGCACGGAUAUUCACUGCAGCACCUGGACUCGUCAAGCUGAUGGCCGGCUUACCCUGGGCUGACACAAAGCUCCCUGAGGCUUUCGAGAUUACUCUAGCAAGAGUGGAAAAGCUGAAGGGUCUAGAGAAAGACGGAGUAGUACGAUCACGCCUAUAG